AAAGAUAUGAGCAUUAUCACCGUGGGAGAAUCCGUCCCUAAUCAGAGAACCAGGAAUACUGCUACACGCCGGCCUCUUGUUUUGUUUGCAGUGCUUAGAAUGCAAAUAGAUUUCAAGUGAAGUAAUCUGAGGGUCUGCGUCCGGCACAAGAGACGGAUCUGGCACUGUGCGUCGUCAGGAAAGGCCCGGCUGCCUUGGAAACAGAGAAGAAGGCGACCCAAAGGAGGAAAGCACUCAAGAAGGGGGCGGGAGGCAGAGGGAAAAAAGGUGGAGUGUUGUAUGAAGAGAGAGAGCGAGGGAAUAGAGAGAGAGCCAGAGAGAGAGUGAAAACACAUUGGAGCCUAGAGAAAGAGUGAGUGAAUGAGGCAGAGCGAGUCCGGCCUCGACUCUGAGGCGUUCUUCACACUCCAGCGUCGCCUCGCUCAUUCACAAAACAAACGCAGGAAGGCGGAGAGGAAGCCGAGAGAGAGAGAGAGUGAUAUCUGCUCCGUGUAACAGGAGGCAGUGCAGCGGCGGAGAGCAGCGAGGUGCACAUCCUCCACAGCACCACAGAUGCCACAGACUCCCUCAUCCUUGAGUCGAAAGCAGAGGGCUCCUGCCGAAGGGGGUCCCGACAGAUGCGGCGGUCCCUGCGCGGGGCCCUCAGGUGUCUGGGGGUGAAGGUGUGCCGGAGGAGCGCUCUGCUGGUCGUCCUGCUGUGGUUGGCCUCAUGGCUCUUCCUCAACGGCCUGGUGUUCGUGCACAGGAACAUGCUCUCUGACUUCUGCACUGAAGACAAGAGCAAAGAGAUCCUGCAGAGGGUGUGUGCUGAGUAUCAGCAGGGAGUUCUGACCGGUGACCUCUGCGAGGACCUCUGCGUGGCCGGUCGUGUGGAAUACAAACGCUGCCUCUAUUACGAGAAUGGCAAGAAGGUCAUGGCCGCCAGCUGGCGUGGGGUGCCUAUCGUUCUCAAGUCAAAGCUGGAGAACUUCUCCUCCUAUGAGGCUUUAGCUCUGCUGGAGUACCAGGAUGCAGCGGGAGGAACGGGAGGCGAGGAGGAGCUCUCGCCGCUGGAUGUCGUCUUCUACGCCACGCUGGAGAUCAAGAACUCUCUGGGCUUGGAGACGGGAGCUAACUUGACGUUGCCCCGGUUGUGGGGCCAAAAGCUGAAGGAGAACGAGCGGACGUACUCGCGAGCGGAGCUGGCCUCGCUCUGGGCUCUCCUUCAGCAGGAGGAGUACACCUUCCUCAGGGUCCUGCAGGAUUUAACCCACCACGUGGCCAAGAUCCUGGGCUCCUGCGGUCACUUUUACGCAGUGGAGUACUUGGUGGCCGGACACGCGUGGGACCAGCACAUAUUCUCGCUGGAGGAGCUGACGCUGAGCCCCUCGCCGAGCCCCUGGAGCGGACAGGAGAAGACGAUGACCGCAAGAGAUAUGGUGCCCCGAGUGGCUCUGAGCUUUCUAGAGAUGGUGGAGCAUUUCGAGAACGACUUUUCCCACAGCUUACACCUCUGUGAUAUCAAACCAGAGAACUUUGCUAUCAGGAAGGACCUGACGGUGGUGGCUAUAGAUGUGGACAUGGCUUUUUUUGAGCCCAAAAUGAGAGACAUACUUGAGCAGAACUGCACCAGUGACAAUGACUGCAACUUCUUCGACUGCAUUUCCAAGUGUGACAAAACUAAAAACAGAUGUGGGCCAAAACGCAAGAACAGUAACCUUCAGGUGAUCUGUGAGAAGAUCUUCAGGCCUUGGAUUUCUCCCACACUGCUCGGUGCUAAAGCGGGGCUCCCCCUGCAGGUGGCGCUGCAGCGGGCCGUGCAGGAGUGCGCUGAGAUCGACGGUGGGGGGGACGCCAAGCGCAUGCGGGCCGUGAGAAAACAGCUACAGGGUCUGCUCGUGGAGCUCAUUCAGGAGGACACAGGAAACCAGGGUGAAGGCCAGGAACACAAGAUGAGACACUUUAUUUCUAAAUGAACUCUCGAAAUGGCUACGAAAGAACAAACCCAGUCAUGUGCAAUUCUGGAGAACAUCUCAGAUGACUAUUACAGUCGAGAUACAUUAGCAUAGUUGUUUACUGCUAAUAUUCAAAACAUCUGUGAAACCUCUGGUGCUGUUCAGCAAUUUUUGAAAGAAAA